AUGUUCUACUUUAGCCACACUGAGAUUGGUGUCAAUAGAGAAGUGUUCAACCACGAGCAUGGCGUGGCCAGCGCCUGCCGCAGCAUCGCCGACCUCAUCCAAGUGGUCACCACAUCAACAAGCCCUGUUAUUGCUGCCUCUGGUCGUAGUGCCCUGGUCGUCAAGGAGCCGUACGGUGUCGUGUUGGGUAUCUUCUCCCCGGAACAUUCCCCACGUCCUGGCGCUACGGGCUUGCCUGCAGCCGCUUGCUAUGGACACUGCAGGGGUAAUACCGUUGUGCUCAGGGGUCCCGAGGCUGCUCCUGGAACCAUGUGGAGAAUUGCCUCUGCUCUUCACGAUGCCGGCCUUCCGGCUGGCUGCCUCAACACCCUGUACCAUGUUCCAAAGGAUACUGGUAUCAUCAUAUCAUCACCAAACGCAUCAUCGGCCAACUCCAAGGUCGCUGAGGAGUUCUGCAAGGCGCUCCUGCUUGCCUUGAAGGACUCAUCCGACACUCAAGGCUGGGACGUAGCUCAGCUGGUCAGCGAUGUAGCCGUUAUCAAUAAUAAGAAGCUUAUUACUGAUGCCCUGUCCAAGGGCGCUCAACUCUUAGCCGACGACAUGGGCCACGGUAUCGAGUCUGCUUCUAAGCUGCGACUAACCAUUAUCAUGGGCGUCCGAAAGGACAUGGACAUCUACUACAAGGAAUGCUUCGGACCGGUCGUGUCAUUGCUGGUUGCGAUACCACCUAGCAAGGAAAUGAUCUGA